CAGACGCGCAAAGCUUUUGUCGAUCGAUCGGAUGUUCACGUUUCUCUCUUUCGUGCGCUGCCUUUUGGAUUCCUGCGAAAGGUCCCGCUGUGGGUCUUGAAAUACAGCUCCCCGGGAGAGGUUGGAGAAGAGCCGUCGUCGUUUACUCGUCUGCAGCAGCCCGAGGAAAGGAUUUUCAAUCGAUUUCGGUCGGCAGCGAAUUCUCCCACCCACCCGCUUGCUUUUGGAUCGACCGAUCGAUCGGAAGAAGGAAAAGAAGAAAGAAAGAGAAAGACGCGAUCGUCGAAAAGCAUAAUGGCUCCCGAAAGAGUUGUUGGAGUCGCCCUGGACUACUCUGUCCCGAGCAAGUAUGCGCUGACCUGGGCUCUGAACAACGUCGUGAGGGAAGGCGACCAGGUGCUUCUGCUGAUCGUCCAGAAGUUCGAGCAGGAAGAUGGGAUGUCGAAUUUGUGGGAGGAGACAGGAGCUCCGACUAUCAGCUUGUCGGAUCUCGAGGAUCCCAGCGUCAGCAAGACACACUCGCGGCUGUCGCAGGACCAGGCUCUGUGCGAGCAGCUGAAGACAGCAUCCCGCCAGAAGCACUUGCAAAUCAAGGCCAAGGUCUACUACGGCGAUGCUCGCAUCAAGCUCACCCAUGCCGCCGUGGAGCAGAAGCUCGACUGCCUGGUCACGGGAAACCGCGGCCAGGGCAAUGUCAAGCGCAUGCUCCUGGGAAGCGUCAGCGAUUACGUCGUCCACCACGUCCAGUGCCCUGUGGUCGUCGUCAAGCAAAUGGAAGAAAAGAAGUGACCUCGCUCGCUUUCUGACUCCGACCACCAUCCUCCUGAGAAACCAUCAUCGUCGUCGUCGUCGUCGUGGUCCUCAUCACCAUCAUCAUCAGUGACUGUCAUCUGUCCAAUUUAUCGAGGAAAGUUGUAAUUAGAGCUGUAGAGAUUAUUUUUCUUCGUCGCCUAGCUCUCGUAUCAACGUCCCCUGAAACCGAAUCUGCAAAGACCAUGCGACAUUUUGCAGUUAAUCUCGGAGGAGAAGCUCCGACUCCGAAUUCGCCCAACUCGACAUCUGCAGCGAAGGAUGAUGCGCGCGUGACUGACGGACCCACCCCAAUUCCCACUGUCCCACAUUACAGUGGGUCGUCGACGACGUGAUCUCCUAGGAGGACAAUGUUUAUGCACACGGGUAGCGAAUUAUAGUCAGGUGCUGAUUUGUAGCUCUCUUCUCUUCUCUGCGAGUUGUUAGCGCUCAACGAGUACUACUUCGAGAAAGAUACCGUACGCUUGCUCUGUCUCGUGGUUUAAGCCUUGUACAUGUACUUCAACUUAAUCCAUUCGACGCCCAGAUUGCACUACAACUAAGAUCUUCGCUUUCGAAGCUCACGUUUUCUUCAUCUCUUGUUCGGUCUUCUGCUGUGAUUUGAUUUACAUAGGACCUGAGUCUCUUCCAGCAAGGAAGUCACUAAUUUAAAGCGGUUUUGUUC